AUGUCGGAGCCGGAGCCCUUAACGCCACAGGGUCUUCUUCGAUGGAUUGUUUGCUCGCUCUAUCUGGAUGAAGCCAUUCCACGAGGAUCAGUGAUCCAGUGGUACUGGCAGCUGUUGACCGGUGUGAAGCUUAGCCAACAACAGCUGGUAAUCCUGAUAGAAUCAACCCCGGGAGUCUACAUGGACCCGCCCGGCUCUAAAAAGCUAAACUUCCGCGCCGUCCUCGAGGAACCCCCGUUGUCCUGGCGCGGCUUUGUCCAGGAGGAGGACCACUCGAUCCAG